UAUCGUUCGUGAAUGUGGUCUUCGAUUUUAGAGGAAUUUGGACAGCUGGCAACACUGCGUAAACAUUUGCUGAGGUUAGAAUUUGGCAAUGGCUUUGGACAGUUGUGGAUCUAACGUUUGUCCCGCAUUAGCAGUUCGUUCUAGCGUUGGAGUCGAACUGUGGUCUUGCGAAAAUACGAAUUUGCAAUAUGAGUACAAAUCAUAUCUUCCGAGGGAAGAGACCCGAAAUUGUCGAUCUAUGUCGUUCAGUGCGGAUGGACAAUAUUUCGCUUAUUCCAAUGGUAACGAAAUAAAAGUGCUGAAUACGACGGAUUGGAAGGUCAAAUGUACGAUGCCACGUCCAAAAGCCUUUUACCUCAAAUUCUCUCCACUUGGAAACUAUCUAUCUACGUGGGAAUUGUACACUGUUACCAAAGACAAACCGGAAGGUUCAUCAAAUAUGUUCAUGUAUGAUCUAAGUACUGGAUCGGAAGUGUUUGAUAUUGUUCAAAAGAAUCAAACGGAUUGGGAGCCGUCGUGGUCAUCUGACGAGUCGCUUUUUGGGGUAGUAAUAGGUGGUGAAGCCCUGUUUUUUGAUGUAUCUGGCGAUAUAAAAAAUUUCAGCCACUCUGCUCGUAAAAUUGGUGGUAGCAGGGGUGCUGUGGUGUCAAUAUCUCCAGGUCCAAGUCCUCCUUGCGUUGCUGUGUACACUCCUGGCGCUAAGGGAGGUCCUUCAAUGUGCAAAGUUUAUAAAUAUCCUUCACUUUCACAAAAUCAAGCUAUAGCUUGUAAAAGCUUUUUUCAAGCCGAUCGUGUUGAUUUACUUUGGAAUAAGCGGGGUUCUGGUCUACUACUAUUGACAUCUACCGAAGUGGAUAAGAGUGGCGCAUCAUAUUACGGAAAUCAAGCCCUACAUUUUAUGGCGACGAAAGGAGACUCUUGCUCUGUGCCGUUGUCAAAGGAAGGACCUGUUCAUUGCGUUAAAUGGAGCCCAAAAGCAACCGAAUUCGUUGUCGUUUACGGAUAUAUGCCUUCCAAGGCAGCUCUGUACAACUUGAAAUGUGAUGUAGUUUUCGAUUUUGGAGAAGGUCCACGGAACUGCGCUUAUUUUAAUAAUUUCGGGAAUUUGUUAGCUUUAGCUGGGUUUGGUAAUUUGCCAGGCAACGUAGAAAUUUGGGACUUAAAGAAGAAGGAAAAAUUUACCAGCAUAAAGUGCCCUGAUACAACGUUUUUCGAGUGGAAUCCUAACGGCAUGUACUUUGUUUCAGCGACAACAGCACCAAGACUGCGAAUCGGAAACGGAUUUAAAGUGUAUCACUACUCUGGAGCAUUAGUGCAUGAAACAAUAUGGCCACAAGGACAAGAACUUUUAGGGAUAGAAUGGCAGAAAUAUUCUGAUAAUAAGUUUGAGGAGCCAAUAAUAACAAAAGUAAAGCCCGAAGGAAUAAAAUCCAGUUUACCAGAAGCCAGCAAAAAGGCGUACACUCCACCUCAUCUUCGAAUGAUCAAAGAGGGGAAAGACCCAGAACAAUUUAUGCCGCGUCCGCAAGUCAAAACUAAUGCAACACUGCCAGGUUCUUCUGUCAGGAAAGGAGGAUUGAAAGCAAAUGCUACGAAAUCAAAUAAGCCAAAGAAUAAGAAGGAAUCGGUAGUUGGGCCUGAUGUUGGCCCAGUAAUGAGUGGAGAAAAAAACGUAAAUUGUAAAAACGGCGGUAUCUCAAAUCUUGAUGAUCAGCAAAAUCGGAAGCAUAAUUCUGCAAAGCAAACAUUGGCAAAGGAAAUUAAUUCUAUAAAUAGUUUGAAUGACAACACUCAAGAAGUGCAAAAACAAGUCUCCAAAAAGUUCAAUAAUCCUGAAAGAGAAAAAAAAAUUCGUCACGUAGCCAAAAAAUUGUCUGAUAUUAAAAAAUUGAAGUUACGUCAAGAGCAAGGCGAAACACUUGAAUUAAAUCAGCUCAAUAAAAUUUCUAUGGAAGCUAAGUUUUUGGAAGAAUUAAGAAUUUUAAAGCUGACUACAUAGAUAAGAGUUUUUAGUUGUAUAACCAUGCACUUUUUAAACUGUCAGAGAAUAUAGAAACUCGGCCGCAUUGCCUCCAAAUUUUAUCCUUGCCUAAGGUAUGCUUUUAAGUUUAUGGAUUUGUAAAUGAAAAUCUUUAUUAAUUUUUAUUUUAUAUCUGCUUUUUGUAUGAUAGUGUACAAAACUUAUUGUAAUUAAUCCAGGAACAAUAGAAUCAUUUAUAUUCAUCGUGAACAGUUAUUAUUGACAAUAAAUUUAUGUUCGGCAUACGGCUCCAUAUUAAUGAAAA